GUGUAGUGGGGGCGCUGCGUGAUGGGAAAGUCGCCGGCUGAGCCUCACACUUUCUCCCGGUUUUUAAACUUUCGGGUUGGGGGAGCAGGAAUAAAGCUGUUGUGCGUGCUUGCAGGGGCUGCGUGCUUGCGGACUUCCCGCCAGUCGCGAGCGGCCCGCCUCUCGGGCCAAGUGGGGAGCGGGCAGGCGGGCGGGCAGGUGGCCCCGGGCCGGCGCGCCCGCGCCUUGGCUCUGCCCCCGGGAGCGGAGCGAGCCGCUGCUCCCUCGUGGUGUGAGGGCGGUGAUGUUUUUCCUCCCACCCACUUUUGAGUCCCCCCUCCCCCCUCGCGCGCACUGUAGCUCUCGCCACAACCUGCGAGCCCCAGACCUCGGAGGAGCGUCCCGGGGAGCUCGGAGCGCGUGCACGCGUGGCAGACGGAGGCCAGUGCCCAGCUUGAGUACACUGCUCCUUGAAGAUUCUGAGUUACUUUUUGCAGUGACCCAAAUGAGAAAAAAGUGGAAAAUGGGAGGCAUGAAAUACAUCUUUUCCUUCCUGUUGUUCUCUCUUUUCCUAGAAGGAAGCAAAGCAGAACAAGUAAAACAUUCAGAGACAUAUUGUGUGUUUCAAGACAAGAAGUACAGAGUGGGUGAGAAAUGGCAUCCUUACCUGGAACCUUAUGGUUUGGUUUACUGUGUGAACUGCAUCUGCUCAGAGAAUGGGAAUGUGCUUUGCAGCCGAGUCAGAUGUCCAAAUCUUCAUUGCCUCUCUCCUGUGCAUAUCCCUCAUCUGUGCUGCCCUCGCUGUCCAGAAGACUCCUUACCCCCAGUGAACAGUAAGGUGACCAGCAAGUCGUGUGAGUACAAUGGGACUACCUAUCAACAUGGGGAGCUGUUCGUGGCUGAAGGGCUCUUUCAGAACCGGCAACCCAAUCAGUGCACCCAGUGCAGCUGUUCGGAGGGGAAUGUGUAUUGUGGUCUCAAGACUUGUCCCAAAUUAACUUGUGCAUUCCCAGUCUCGGUUCCAGAUUCCUGCUGCCGGGUAUGCAGAGGGGAUGGAGAAUUGUCGUGGGAACAUUCUGAUGGUGAUAUCUUCCGGCAACCUGCCAACAGAGAAGCAAGACAUUCUUACCACCGCCCUCAUCAUGAUCCUCCACCAAACCGACAGGCUGGAAGUCUGUCUCGCUUUCCAGGGGCUAGGAGUCACCGGGGAGCUCUUAUGGAUUCCCAGCAAGGAUCAGGGACCAUCGUGCAGAUUGUCAUCAAUAACAAACACAAGCACGGACAAGUGUGUGUUUCCAAUGGAAAGACCUAUUCUCAUGGCGAGUCCUGGCAUCCAAACCUCCGGGCAUUUGGCAUUGUGGAGUGUGUGUUGUGCACUUGUAAUGUCACCAAGCAAGAGUGUAAGAAAAUCCACUGCCCCAAUCGAUAUCCCUGCAAGUAUCCUCAAAAAAUAGAUGGAAAGUGCUGCAAGGUGUGUCCAGAAGAACUUCCAGGCCAAAACUUUGACAGCAAAGGAUACUUUUGUGGAGAAGAAACAAUGCCUGUGUAUGAGUCUGUGUUCAUGGAGGAUGGGGAGACUACCAGAAAAAUAGCACUGGAAACAGAGAGACCACCUCAGGUAGAGGUCCAUGUUUGGACCAUUCGAAAGGGCAUUCUACAGCACUUCCACAUUGAGAAGAUCUCCAAAAGGAUGUUUGAGGAGCUCCAUCAUUUCAAGCUGGUGACCAGGACAACCAUGAGCCAGUGGAAGAUAUUCACCGAAGGAGAAGCUCAGAUCAGCCAGAUGUGUUCAAGUCGUGUGUGCAGAACAGAACUUGAAGAUUUGGUCAAGGUUCUGUACUUGGAGAGGUCUGAAAAGGGCCACUGUUAGGUGAGACAGACAGUAUUUGAUAGGGUCAAGCAAGACAACCCAGGCUGCAGC